UCUUUCAUUGGAAGACCCGCACUUUGUGAUCGUCGUUGAAAAGUAUUCAGUUUUAGACAAUAAAAUAUUUGGGUCUAAUAUGGAAGUUUCCAAAGCAAACGGAACAGAGAAUAACGUAGAAAAAUUCGACGCUGCUACACAAGAAGCUACGUAUUUAGACGAGGCAGAUGUCGAUGCGGAAUUGGAGGCCAUGAAAAAGAGAUUACAAGAAAUGGAAGAAGAAGCGAAUCGACUAAAAGAAGUUCAAGAACAAAGUGCCUCUGAAGUUCCUUCUUCGGAAGAGGUAGACCGACGCUCAGUAUAUGUGGGCAAUGUUGAUUAUGGUUCAACUCCAGAAGAGCUUCAAGCCCACUUUAAGGAAUGUGGAACUAUCAAUCGAGUGACUAUAUUAUGCGAUAAAUUUACUGGACAUCCAAAGGGUUUUGCAUACAUAGAAUUUGCGACAGAAGAAGGAGCGAAUAAUGCGGUUAUCUUGAAUGAAUCUCUUUUUCGAGGUCGUAACUUGAAAGUUUCAAUCAAACGAACCAAUGUUCCAGGAAUUAGUACUACGGAUAGAGGGAGAGGAAGAGGAUUUCCUCGAGGUAUAGGAUUUCGUGGAAGAGGAGGUCUAAGAGGAGGAUUUCGUGGACGAGGUUAUCAUGGCUUUCGAGGGCGAGGUCGAAUGACACCUUAUUAGAUCUUUGCAAAGUUGUCCAUUUCUAUACAUCGACUUGUUUUGGAGAAACGAAUUGUGAAAAUAAAAGAAAUAAAAACUGU